AAAGACAGUAGCUUCGGAGUUCAGAUCAUUUAAGCCAUAAAUGAAUUAACGCGCCGUGGGGCGCGUCUAGCAGCGUCCGGCAAACUCGCGCCUUUUCGGUUCAAAGGUCAAACUGUGCACGGCAUCAAAACGCAUCUUUGAGAGUGGCAGUUCCUCAUUAUCUACAUGAUAUAGCAAAAACAGUUAUAAAAGAUAUCGAUAUAGCCGAUACAAAUUUUAAAUGUCAACGUUUUGCGAAAAGUUUUUCAUUAUUUAGAGUACCUAAAUAAAAAAAAUAAAUAUCACUCUGCGAUAGCUGCGUUGUUGUGCGGUUAACUGGUAAAAAUACGCGGCAAAGAUGUAGAUUUUCUCUUCUCUCUCUCCCGCUAUUUUGCGUUUCUCGGCUAUUCAACGUCUUUUACGUUUGAGAAAACGAAUCGCCAUGAUGGACCAGUCAUCCACGCCCAACAAGAAGCGUCCACGGUUUGAAGACAGAGGCAACCCUCCAAGCACGUCGUCCAACAUCUAUCCAACCAGUCCUCCAAGCACGUCCAACAUCUAUCCAACCAGUCCUCCAAGCACGUCCAACAUCUAUCCAGCCGGUCACAACAACACAUACUUUCCAUCCCCCAUGUACCAGUUUUCACCUUACGUAAAUCAUGGCAUCUCCUCUCCACUGUUGCAUCCUCCAUCUCCAGCCUACCAUAUGUCACCAGGAGUAAAUGCCCAGUUUCAUCAGCCAUCGACCAGCUAUGCCCAGCCAACUGUUAGCUUACAAGCGUUUCAACAAAUGGAGGACAAGCUGAAGGCACAGCUAUCAAAGAUGAACACACUUGUUGAGGAGCAACAAAAAGAGAUCCAUGAUUUAAAGACUUACAGUAAGGCCAGCAUCGAUGCUGUUAAAAACACAGCCCAAAAAGAAGUCAAGUCACUUGUGAUGAAGGAUACCAUUUUGACAUACAAUGCAGAGACUGCAACUGACAUUGCGAAUAUGACACCACAGUCCAUGAAAGAACAGGUGAAAGACGAAGCACCAGUUUUCUUCGAGCUCCUAGAAAACUGCAUCAAAAGCGAUGUCCCUGGGGACAAGGACACCUCAAUGUUGGCAUUUCUCAAUCUUUGUUCCAUUGCAAACAACAGAAGCAAGCGUGCCAAUGCCAUACAAAUGAUCACCACCCUGUCACUCAUCUCGAGGUCAACAAAUGUGCAGGUCAUCUCCAUGCUGAAUUCCAUGGGUGUUGCCAGUUCCUACAAGGCAGCAUGGAAUUUUCUGUCCAACUUUGCUGAAAUGCAGGGGGCAAAGCACCUGGACAACAGCAAGCCUUGUAUUGUCUUUUUUGACAAUGUUAACAUUCUCAAAAGAGUGGGACAUGUGAGGAUGGGGAAACAAAACGAGAUGUUUAAUUGGACAAGCCGGUUGGCAGUUGUGGUAGAGCAUGAAGAUCCUUCAGCCAGCAGAGAACCCCAGGGCAAAAGAGAGGACCUGUCUGAUGCAGACAUACUGGCUGACAGCAAUGACAUAAGUGACCUCAAAAGCAGAUUAAAGAAUCAAGUGAAAGCUAUAAUAGUUGAACAUUUCCCAAGCUUCCAUCAGUUUAAAGACAGUGUAAGAGCUCCAUCCAGCCCCUUGCCAGUUAAGAAAAGUAGCAUCACCCCGCUGCCACUGAUGGACAAGGAUGAGUCGAAAAAGGAUGAUACAAUUCAGAUUCUGCUCAAAUUUGCUGAAGAGCUACAGCUGUCUGACAACAUGAAAGACCAGGCAGUCGUCGGCGACCAGGCGACUUGCAAAAACAUCCGUGGAGGACGAGGAUGGAGAGAAGGCGAGGAGGAUCCUGUUCAGCUGUUACAGUGGGCAAAGGAGAGUCCAGGUGACUUUCACUUUGUGUGGGAGGCCCUGAAAACAGCUACGCUGUGCUGCUGGGGCCUGGCCACAGAAGCAGGCUCUCUCUCACAGAUAAGGGUUGCCAUCAACCGGAUGCGGGCGGACAAGGAGUGUAAGAACUUUCAAGUUUCUGACGAGUUCUUUUGCCAUGUCAGUAAAGGACACAUCCUAGCUGCCCUCACAGUUUUCCUCGGUCUGGAGUCACCUACAUGGAGGAGCUUGAACCCUGAGUGGUUGGACCCACGAGCUGUUGCAAGAGAGCGACUGUACGACAACAAAUGGCUGGCAAACUUUCUCACUCGUGGAAAGCAGGACAUCUCUGACGAUACAGAGCCACCUGAGUCCCCGGAUGCUGAUGACGGAGAGACAGACGAGGACAGCGCCGAACAAGUUGAAGUCAGAGACGAAGAGGAUCCUGAGUGGGAGGAAAUCGAGGACGCUGACCUUAUCAACUUAGACCUAGCAUAA